ACGCCUGUGCGUGACUUAAUGUGGGGAUACUGGUGCACAGACAGCCACCCCACGGUCCUUGACAGAUCUGGGUCAGGAUCCAGUGGCAUGGAGUCCAAGACGACCGGAGACCCUUUUCUGCCGCAGCCUUCAUCCGCCUUCCCAGCCGUUGUGACGUUAGCUCCACUAAGGUCAGCCAUCGUCCUCCGCCUGUUCCACCAUUGAGGUCUUGGUUGGAUUGCUCUUUGUCAGAGACCUCCCCCUCGACCUUACCGCCAUGGGUGGCCCUACCAGGAGCUUAGGUCCUGACGGCAUCGCUCUCAGGAUCUCAGGCCCACACAAGCUUCUCCACCACAAUCCACGGAGAAAUAUCCAUGAUAUUAUACACCUCUACAAGAUCACCCCUCAUCCUCCAUCUAUUCCAAAUCAAUUCAAUCAAUGGUCCCCUAAUUUGAGGAAGGACAUUCUUGCUAUUGAGGGAGUGCAGCGUAGGUUUACAAGGUUUAUUCCUGGGAUGGCAGGACUGUCAUAUGCUGAGAGAAUGGAGCGGCUGGGCUUGUACACUCUGGUUUAGCUGGAUGAGAGGAUCCUAUUGAAUCAUAUGAUUAUUAAGGGUUUGGACACGUUAGAGGCAGGAAACAUGUUCCCGAUGUUGGGGGAGUCCAGAAUCAGGGGCCACAGUUUAAGAAUAAGGGGUAAGCCAUUUAGAACAGAGAUGAGGAAACACCUUUUCUCACAGAGAGUGGUGAGUCUGUGGAAUUCUCUGCUUCAGAGGGCGGUGGUGGCCAGUUCUAAAUGGAUUACUUUCAAGAGAGAGCUAGAUAGGGCUCUUACAGAUAGCGGAGUCGGGGGAUAUGGGGAGAAGGCAGGAACGGGGUACUGAUUGAGGAUGAUCAGCCCUGAUCACGUUGAAUGGUGGCGCUGGCUCGAAGGGCCAAAUGGCCUACUCCUGCACCUAUUGUCUAUUGUCUAAUCAGGUGUUAGAGGUUAUGGGGAGAAGGCAGUUGAAUGGGGUUCAGAAACAGGCCAUUGUUAGCUGUGCUCAAAGCGAAAACAAGUUACAGACAAUGAAACUCGACAAGACGGCUUUGAAGCUAGUAAACUUGGGCGGGGGAGGGACAGUGUGAGAGGGGAUGCAAGGGUUACUUGGAGUUAGAGAAAUUAAAAUGCUGGCUUGAAGGGCUGAAUGGCCUACCCCUGCACCUAUUUUCUAUGUUUUUACGACCCCUCGUUAAUGGCAGGAACGGCAGCGUCAUCGCGUUGUUCGAGCUGCGUUUCACCGCCGCCGUGGCGAACGCCGCUGUACGGGACGAGAUGGUGACGGCCAUCGAACAGAACGAGGGGUCGCUUCUGGGCAACUUUCGAAUCGACCCGAGCAGUCUCCAGAUCUCAGAACAAUGUCUCAACGGAACCAGGUUGUGCGGCGAUAUGAGGACCUGUGUGGAUAUGAACUUAUUCUGCAAUGGAGAAACUGAUUGCCCUGAUGCCCUGGAUGAGAGCGAGCAGUAUUGUGCUACACCCUGCGAUGGGCAAUUUCUGCUGACGGGCAACUUUGGUUCAUUCCAUUCGCUUAAUUUCCCCAGGCCGUACGACCAGAGCACCUUCUGUAAAUGGAUCAUAAGAGUUGAACCAGGCCUUUACAUAAAGGUGAAUUUCGCUGACUUCCAAACAACUAAAGGGAACGAUACCCUUAACUUCUACCAAGGCACCGGCUCCCAGAAAGAAUUAGUUGGUGAGAAACGAACUACUUUUUUAAAGAUUGUAAACUUAUUUUUCUCCUAUGCUGUUGUGGUGUUCAAGUUUCGAAAGUUGGAAAGAGUGCAGAGGAAAUUAACGAGGAUGACUAUAGAUGAUACUUCACUCUCAGGGUCCAAUCCCGGAUCCGUGUGGAUUUUUUCCGACCAGGCCACGGCGGAGUUCCGUUCGGAUAACUUUCCGUCUCCUGAUCGUGGUUUCGACGCCAGCUUCACGGCGCUUACGCCCGGCCCAGUCAGCAAUGAGGAGAAAAUAAAUUGCAACUUCCAAGAUGGAUAUUGCCACUGGAGACAAGAUCCUAUGAAUGUGGCUGACUGGCAGAGGAUGAAUGGGCCGUCCUAUCCUCCAUUCACUGGACCAAACGAUGACCACACAUAUGGAAAUCGAUCAGGGUAUUACAUUGUGACGCCUAUGAAGAUGUCCAAUAUGAUCAUUAAGGUCCGUCUCGUCAGCCUUGAAUUGUCCGCGGCAUCCAAGCCUUCCUGUAUCAGCUUCUGGUACCACAUGCACGGAAUCAGCUUUUCCCACUUGAAUGUUUCCAUCGUCAGCGACCAAAUGCGGGAGAUAAUGUUCGCGAAGGAAGGCGAUUACGGCGAUCAGUGGAACUACGGACAGUUCACGGUGAACGAAACAUCAGCAGUCAGGGUUGUCUUCGAAGCAGAGCGAGGUUACGGGACGAUGAACGAGGUCGCACUGGACGAUAUCUCUCUGACGAACGGCGCUUGCGAUGACAACGGAUACGUCGAGCCGACAGCCAAGCCGAAGCCCACACCACCCCCUGCUGGAGCCACUGACUGCGGAGGCCCGCUGGAACUGAGCGAACCAAACACCACCUUCAGUUCCGUCAAUUAUCCCAGCAACUAUGUGAACAACGCAUUCUGUACCUGGUAUCUCAUCGCAGAGAAGGGGGAUAAUAUUCAGCUCCACUUUGAAGACUUCAACGUGGAAGAUAUUUACGAUGUGGUGGAAGUCCGGGAUGGAAGUGGAAAUGACUCUCUCCUGAUGGGUAAGAGGAAUCCGACCCGGGAACCCUGGGAAUCCAACUUUUACACCCAGAGAGUUGUGAAUCUGUGGAAUUCUAAUCUUUCUCUGGCAUUCAUCACAGCUGUGUUAACGGGCCGGGGGCCAUUUGACGACUUCUACUCCACCAGGAAUGGGAUGACAGUCCUUUUCACCUCAGACAAGAUGGGAACCAGGAGAGGAUUCCAGGCGAAUUUCACCGCAGGAUAUCACUUGGGACAACCAGCUCCAUGUUCACCUACUGAAUACCAGUGUGGAAAUGGCCAAUGUGUCUCCAUGACAAAACUCUGCGAUGGUCAGCUCGACUGUGAAGAUGGCUCUGAUGAGGGGGACAACUGCGUGCGACUGUUUAACGGAACACAAAACAGUGACGGGGUGGUGCAGUUCAAGAUGAAUAACGAAUGGUGCUCCACAUGCACAGAUCAUUGGUCAGAUGCAUUGUCAGACCGCGUCUGCCACCUGUUAGGUUACAGGAACAACAACAAAACGACAACAUCUCCUGCUUUGGGCUACGAGCCCUUUGUACAAAUGAAUAAAAGCACAAGUGGAGCGGUGGAACUUAUACCAAGUGGGAACUGCUCUGCCGAUGCAGUUGUUCAUCAGAAGUGCAACAGGAAAUCCUGUGGGAAGGUGUUGGCGCGGCCGAAAGAUGCGGCGAGAAUCGUUGGCGGUCACGACGCGGUGGACGGCACUUGGCCGUGGAUUGUGUCCCUCCACUUCAUCGGACAUCACAUCUGUGGAUCCACGCUGAUCAGCAAGCAGUGGCUCGUAUCUGCGGCCCACUGCGUAUACGGGAGGAAUCAGGUGCUGUCACGCUGGGAGGCGGUGCUGGGUCUACACGCACAAGGGAACCUCACCUCUCCCCAGACCCAAGUCCUUGCGAUCGAUCGCAUCCUGAUAAACCCACAGUACAACCGGAGAACCAAGGACGGGGACAUUGCCUUGUUGCGUUUGGAGUCAGCAGUGCAGUACACAGAUUACAUCCAGCCCGCCUGCCUGCCAGACAGCAAGCAACAUUUCUCAGUGGGAACGAGAUGCUCCAUCGCUGGCUGGGGAGCAAUGAGCGAAGGGGGUCCACCUCCGAGUGUUCUUCAGGAGGCUGAGGUUCCUCUCAUUGCUGCUCAGAAGUGCCAGGCGCUGCUGCCAGAGUACAACAUCACACAGAACAUGGUGUGUGCAGGUUAUGAGGAAGGAGGAACAGAUACCUGCCAGGGUGAUUCGGGAGGGCCACUCGUCUGCAAGCAAGAUGAUCAACGGUUCCUGGCUGGAGUGACCUCUUUUGGCCGCGGUUGUGCGCGACCACACAGUCCAGGUGUCUACGCCCAUGUCACCGCAUUCAUCGACUGGAUACAGGAGGCCCUCAGCCAAGGCCCAUCUUUAAAGAUGGCCGCCGGGACUCAGCGCUGACCUGUUUUGCUUCCAUCGGCCACUUCUGUGCUCUUUUACCCCAAUACCUGAAGCUCUCAAAACAUUGUCAAAACAGCAGCAAAGGGAGUUCUGCAUAACUUUAGUUUAGUUUAGUGAUACCCUGCGGAAAAAUCAUCCUUGAGUCACACAGUGCAGAAUGCCCCAUCUAAGAAGGGUCUCGACACGAAACGUCACCCAUUCCUUCUCUCCAGAGAUGCUGCCUCACCCGCUGAAUUACUCCAGCAUUUUGUGUCUCCCCCCCCAUCCACACUAGUUUAGUAUAGUUUCAAUUUAAUUUAGUUUAGAGAUACAGCGCGGAAACAGGCCCUUCGGCCCACCGAGUCCCCACCCACCAGCCUUCCCCGCACAGUAACGCAACCCUACACUCAAGUUUACAUAUUUUUAAAUGCGCUGAACAGCUCUCGUUCCCCACUCCCGACUCUCAGUCUGAAGAAGGGUCUCGACCCGAGGCGUCACCCAUUUCUUCUCUCCAGAGAUGCUGCCAGACCCGCUGAGUUACUCCACCAUUCUGUGUCGAUCUUCACUAAAAGUGAGAGGUGAACUUUCUCACUUUUGGACGUGGUGAUUAUUUCCAAAAGGACCUUUCCUUUCAAGAAACGCCGUUCAAUCUGAAUCGAUUAAUGAUAUCGUUUAUUCGUUAAAAAUUGUGUUUUUUGCAAAUUGCUGUUCAAGGGAGCAUGCAGAAAAGGGAACAAAAAAUAAACUGCUGAAAGAAAUCAGCGAUCCAUCCCACUCCAGGCUCUCUGUCAUUGUCCUUUAGUUGAGUUUAGUGUAGAGAUACACCGCAGAAACAGGCCCUUCGGCCCACCGGGGCCGCGCCGACCAGCGAUCCCCGCACACUAAUACUAUCCU